AUGGCCCAACCUGCUCCGUCUAUUGACUUUGAAAAAAUCAGACAGAACUCAGAUGGUUCCCUUGGUGGAAUGAUCUCUCUGGGAUUUAAUGAAGUAGUGCUAAAUAAUCCCUAUUUCGCAGCUGGUGGUGGUCUUAUGUUAUUAGGUACUGGAUUAGCCUUAGCUAGACAAGGUAUGGUAAAAGGAUCUGGUCUCAUAUAUAGGCAAUUAUUAGUUGAUCUUGAAAUCCCAUCAAAAGAUAAAUCAUAUCUUUGGUUUUUAGAAUGGAUGGCUCAACAUAAACAAAGAUCUUCUCGUCAUUUAUCGGUGGAAACUAAUUUUAUUCAACAUGAUAAUGGGGCAGUCAGUACCAAAUUCUCAUUGGUUCCAGGUCCAGGAAAACAUUUGAUCCGUUACCAAGGGGCAUUUAUGUUGGUGAAUCGUGAACGUUCUGGAAGAUUAAUUGAUAUGACAAGUGGUACUCCUUUUGAAACAGUUACUUUAACUACACUUUACCGUGACCGAGUAUUAUUCGGGCAAUUAUUGGCUGAAGCUAAACAAUUGGCCUUGAAAACUCGUGAAGGAAAGACAGUUAUAUUCACAUCUUGGGGACCAGACUGGAGACCAUUUGGACAACCUCGUACUAAGAGAUUAAUAGGUUCAGUCAUUUUGGAUGACGGAUUGGCAGAAGGGAUUGUAAAUGAUGUAAAGGAUUUCUUGAAAAGUGGUGCUUGGUACCAUAAGCGUGGUAUUCCGUAUAGAAGAGGUUAUUUAUUGUAUGGUCCUCCAGGAAGUGGGAAAACUUCAUUUAUUCAAGCUUUAGCUGGGGAACUUGACUACAAUAUUUGUAUUUUAAACCUAUCUGAAAAUAAUUUGACUGAUGAUCGUUUGAAUCAUUUAAUGAAUCAUAUUCCCGACCGUUCUAUUUUAUUAUUGGAAGAUAUUGACGCAGCAUUUAAUAAGAGAGACCAAACUGAAGAGAAAGGUUAUACAAAUGGAGUUACAUUCUCUGGUUUGUUGAAUGCCCUUGAUGGUGUUGCAAGUGCUGAAGAAUGUAUAACGUUUAUGACUACAAAUCACCCAGAGAAAUUAGAUCCAGCCUUAUUAAGACCAGGUAGAGUGGAUUACAAAGCUUUGAUAGGUAAUGCGACUGAAAAUCAAGUCAAGAGAAUGUUUUUGAGAUUCUAUGAAAAUGAAGAAGAGCUUUGUGAAGAAUUCUUAGCCAAAUAUCGUAAAUUAAAUGUUCAACAUGUCAGUACUGCUCAAUUACAAGGAUUAUUUGUUUAUAAUAAACAAGACCCUAAAGGUGCAAUUAAAAUGAUUGAAACCUUACAAGAUCCAAACACUGUGUUUUAG